UGGUUGAAAACCGAAGAAUUCUUUGAUGCAGUGACCUUAGAUGGAGAGGAGCAAUUUGGUAUUGCGGACGAAUAGCAAUAGGCAGAGCUUAAGCAACCGAGGCAUUCAAAUCUAUCAUAAUAUUUGAUCAGAAAUUAAUCGCCGAUUCACAUCGACCAUCGAGAUGACGAGGAGAAGAUGCCAAAAUCGAGUUCCCAUUAUCAUUUCUUCUUCGUCGUCUUCCGGAUCAGAAGAGGCAGAAUACUCUGAAACGUCAGAGUCGGAUUACGAAUUUGACGGCCACUCUGUAGACACCUUGUCUUCUACUUCAUGCGAAAUUCACCCUGAAAGUGAAGAAAGUGAAUGGAAUGAGUCAGAUGAUGAAAGAGACGAGUCUACCGAGUCCGAAGAAGUUAAAGAGGAGGAUAGUGAUCAGCAUUUGAGCAGAGCUAUCCGUUUCCUUCGAGGGAAGGGUGAACUGGAGGAUUUAAAGUUGGUGGAGUGUAAAGCAUAUUUAAGAAAGAAUGGGUUAAGAUUAUCUGGGACUAAGGAACAAUGCGUGGAGAGGAUCAUGGAGCACUGGAGGUGAUGUCUGCAAAGGAGACGUGGUAUUAUUCACACAAAAAGUGUACAAUAAAUUUGAUAAGAUGACAAGAAGUGGCAAAGUUUCUGGAAAGAGAACUAUUGCUGGGAGAAUUGUUAAGGAAAGUUAUGGUGCUGCAAAGCAACAGCAUACUUUUACUGUUGAAGUCUUGUGGAGUCAAGGUGUUAAGAAAUUGCCUCCACUUUUUCCUUUGCUUGUGAAGGGUCGAAAUCUCUACAAACUGAAGACUUUCAGACAGCGGUGGAAAAAUGAGAAGGAAAGAUUAGGAGUACUUUCAGAGAAGCAUAGGCGAGGAGCAGCUGCAAGAUUGGUCAGAGAAACUAGAAAGAUGAGAUCAAUGAAGAGAAAGCAAUCCCUUACAAGAAAAAAAGGUGCCAAAAAGCGGAAGCGUGAAGAUCACAUCCAGAAGCGUGGCAACAACAAAAAAACUAAAUCUCACCAUGGUAGAAAACCUAAAGAAAUAACCUCAUCUCCACCUCAAAUACCUCCAAACCGUCCAAAUGUUAGUUAUCAAGCUAGGGGUAAAGCAUCUCAACCGUUCAAUUCUCAGCCUGAUAUAUAUCACAACCAGGGCACACUUUUUCCUCAAAAUUAUGGUCAAUUUCGAUCUGAAGAUUACAACCAGAGAAUCACAUACCCAGUUUCAUAUGAAAGGGCAUUCGUCUGUACAACGGAUUUGCCUCACGUAAACACUUCAUCUUCUGUAAUGUCUAGUAGAAACCGCAGAGAAUAUGGCCGUAGACAUCACCCACACCCUUAGUAUGUACAUAACACCUUUACCAUGUGCACAGAGGUAAAUUUUGAUAUUUGCACUAACACUUUGGUAUCAACCAGGAUUUUUACAAUACUCCCCGUGUUUUCUAUUUGUUCUCUAGAUUCUCAUUUUGGAACUUUUUCAAUAUUUGCUCCGGCUCCCUGUGUUUUCAAUACAUUUUGGCAAAUGUAUCAUAUCAAAAGGUAUACAUACUCUUGCCUUUUCAUCUUUUUUACAUUAUCUUGUUUUCCACUUUUUCGCCUAUUCUCUUUUUAUGUACUUUGUAUUAUUAUUCAUUAUCUCUAUAA